UUAAAGAGUUGUCCCAUAAUUUAGUGUCCCACAAUUUAGUCUUGGACCCUCUGACGGCAUCACAGUAUCUCUCUCUUAGCUGUACCUUGAAAUAUUUAGCCUCAUUUUCUACCUACCUAGGUACCUAUCUUCUAGAUCUAAUGAUGUGCAUAGCAACCCAGCCAACAUGAACGGCGUAAUAGAGGCGCUGCACAUCUACGAUGAGCAUAAUCGUGCGAUACUCUCUCAUAUCUAUACAUCACGCCCUCUUUCGGCCGCCGUCCUUCUUCCCCUGUAUCUCGAACAUCCGGCUCCGAGACCCAACUUAAUAUACCUACCAAAUACCAACCCUCCAACCCUUGUAUUUAGUCUUAUACAUGCAAAUAUACUUUACUUGGCCACCUCUUCUUCUGAGAUAGAGCCUCUUCUCGUCCUCGAGUUCCUCCAUCGCAUAAUCGACGCUCUCGAAGAGUUCCUCGGCGCGCCGGUCCUAGCGCAUAAGAUCGAAGCAAAUUACGAUGUCGUUGCUCAACUUCUUACUGAGAUGUGCGAUGCCGGCGCUGUUAAUACUACAGAGCCGAACGCGUUGAGGGAUGUGGUCGAAGUAGAAGGUCUACUAGGGAAGCUAUUAGGUAGCAUUAAUCUGCCUGGCAAAUCCCCUAGUAACUCCAACGCACCGUCCCUUAUAUCUCAAACUGCGCCGGCUCUCCCCUGGAGGCGAGCAAAUGUGCGACAUACGUCAAAUGAGAUGUACGCCGAUAUUGUAGAGACGUUGUCUGUCACUCUUGCACCAUCUGGUAGGCCAAUCGCUGCAUAUGCGAAUGGUACUAUUGCAUUUACGUCUAAGGUAUCUGGAGUUCCAGAUAUCCUCAUAAAUAUCACUGGGCCCUCAGGAAAACAUAACCUAAACAGCGUUAUGGAAUUACCAGUAUUCCACCCAUGUGUACGAUUAAGCAGAUGGAAGGAGAACCCAGGAGAACUCAGCUUCAUACCCCCUGAUGGACGCUUCAUCCUCGCAGGCUAUGAAGUGGACCUACUACCUUUCACCAAUGGAAAGAGCGGGAAUUUGGGUUCGAACAGCCUAAGACUUCCAGUAAAUAUCGAGGUUAAAACCGGGUUGGGAUCAACCGGUUCAGACUUCGAAGUUCGGCUCAUCAUCAACAAGAACUUUGGAUCUUCUAGUUCUUCAAUAUCAGGGUCAUCUGGUAGAGGUGGCGGUUCGGGUAGCAGAGGGUUCGGAGGACCACACCCAGGCUCAGCCGGCGCGCCAUUAUUACAAGACCUUAUCGUCUCAGUACCGCUACCUUCCGAAGUUAGGAACCUUUCAGAUAUUCGACCGAGUAAAGGAGACGCUAGUUUUAGUGCAGGAGAUAGGGUAUUGGAAUGGCAUAUACCCACAAAGGAGCUUUCUACCGGGACAUCUUACUAUGGCCUUCGAUGCUCAGUCCAGGGUCCAUUAUCUGAAGAUCAAGAAGAUGCCGAUUCUAAUGGGUUCGGUUUCGGCAAGGACUAUACUUACGACGAGCCAUAUCAAAGCAAUGCCAACGAGAAGCCCAAAAAUGGCGAAGGAAGCUCGGACAGCGAAAAGGAAGCAAAAAGAAUUGCCCAGAACAAGAUCCUUAUGCCGAGCUCUGCGUCUGUUAGCUUCUCUGUCAAGGGGUGGUUAUCAAGUGGAAUUAAGGUCGAGAGCAUCCUCAUUGACCCGAGAAAGAGUCGAGGUCUGGGCGAAGGAAUAAAACCGUAUAAGGGUGUGAAGUAUCUUACCAUUAGCAAGGGGGGAGUCGAGACCAGGUGUUAAAGGGUACGUAGGGCAUAUGGACGGUUACAUUUGGAAUUGCACUAUCCAGUAAUGCUCCAGCAAUGCUCCAGCAAUGUACUGCAUGAUUGCAUGAUCGGCGUUUUGGUGUGCAUGCUGAGGAGCUAUAAGAUAUCACUACGCAUGGAUCAGCAAGGCGUCAAGCUGGGUACUACUAUUGAAUGAUUAUCUCCGUCCUCUCGAUAUCAAACCGGACUUUAGCAAAGCUCUAAAUAAGUGAAGGACGAACAAGUAACACAAAUACUAUUACCUUGAGAUUGGUUUAACGGAUAUCUUCGAAUGUACAUAAUAUAACCUUAGGUACAUUAGGUACCUACCUAUGUACAUAAAGUGCCUGUAGAUACAUAGUACAUAUACUGAGCUAGAUCCGGGGAAGAAUGUGGGGGAGAGACCUUGGCAAUUGCGGGCAGCUUAGCAUCAACUUGUCGAACAAGGGCCGAGGUAGCUGUACCUAGUAGGUACCUGAGGUAUGUACCUCAAUACUUCAACAACUAGAGUCAUCAAUCGAA